GCGAUCAUUGUAUGAGGAAUGGAGAGAGACAAGCAACUGCUAGGCAGAGACAUUUUUUCAGAUAAUGUUAGAUAGUUAUUCUUAGUUUCGUUUUUCGUUCUCCAUUUGCUGCAGUGAAGGUUGAAACGACCAGAGAUAAAAGGCUCAACCAGUUGAGUCCUGAAGUUAGUGCGUUCAGGCAUGGACAAACUUACUAAAGUUUAUGCUACUCUUGAUAUUGAUGGUGAUGUGUAUGCAACUAUAGGUGAUGGCCAUCACCCUCAAUCUGCAGGGACUUGCCCUGAACAUGUGCAGAAAACAGGGUGGGACAUCUCGAAGGAACGAGUCCACAGAUACUAUCGGAAGACCACAAUAUGUUUGGGUCUGCUGUGUCCUAUUCUACUGGCUGCUAUCAUAUCUCUUUGUGUCCAUUAUAAAGCCUUCAGUAACGCUGAGGAGAGCCCUUUUCUUGCCAACCUCACUGAACAGAGCAAGUACCUCCAGUUGGAGUAUGAUGCAUGUCGUACCCAAAGAGACAACUUGGCAGCAAGUCACAACACAGACACUAAGAGGAUAAGCAAGCUUCAAAGUAAUUUAGACACUCUGCAGAGCAGAAUUGAGGAAACGUGUCCUGUGGGGUGGAGAAGACUUGGCUCCAGUAUCUACUUCAUCUCCGCUGGGAGAAAGAGCUGGAGUGACAGCAGGCAGGACUGCAGAGAGAGAGGAGCAGACCUGGUGAUCAUAAACAGCAGAGAGGAACAGGAAUUUGCCAAAAACCUGAAUAAGCACAUUUGGAUUGGUCUGAUCAACACAAACAGGAUGUGGAAGUGGGUGGAUGGCACACAAUUAAUAACUGGGUUCUGGGAGCCAGGGGAGCCCAAUAGGUUUCGGAGUGGGGAAGACUGUGCUGUGAGUCGCCCCGGCUCUGAUCCACUCAACUCCUGGAAUGAUGAGAGAUGCCACACAGAGUACGCUUGGGUGUGUGAGAGGAUGGCCUGCAAUGGCAGCUCUUAGAUUGUUUAUUCACUCUUAAUUCAUUAGUUAAUUAUCUCUCUCUCUCACACACACACACACACACACACACACACACACACACACACACACACACACACAUACGCUUACUGUGUGGAAACAUCAAAUCAGGUGGUGUGUCUUGAUUAACGUUUUUAAGAAGCUGCUUUAUAAGAAUGGAACUAACUGGUCAUGCAAGAAAUGCAGUUAUUUGUGUCAGUGGAGGCAUUAUGAGCUGAGCAGAGCAGAAGAGUCUCAUGCUAUGAAGUUUAUGUUUUCAGGUCUGUCAUGAUCUCUGAAUUAUGUGACAAUCAUCAAAUAAAAGCCUCUUAUGAAAGACUGAUCUGUAUGUUGUGAUGAUUUUUAUAAUCUAUUUUUUCCUGGAAGGAAAUGCUGACAGCACAUUGGCUUCUGAGCAUGAGACCUCAGCAUCUGAGGUCCUUUUCAACACUUUUUUUUAAGAGUUGUUUAUGCUUGCAAAGCAGAUUUCCAUUCUCAGCUUCCCCAAUCUGCCACCAUUUCAAGCCAGGCUAAAGGAAAAGGGAACCAGACCGCAAGGCUAGUUUGACCACUGCACUUGGUAGGGACCAUCCUGCAGAAAUGUCUGUAAAAAUGAAUGAGAGAGAUGAUAUUGUUGAAG